CUCUGCCUUCACUCCUUAUAUGGGAAGGAAUCAGAGCGAGGGAGGGGCGGGGCCAGGCGCGGUGCAUGCUGGGUAAAUUCAGCCUCAUCCAGGAAGGAACCACCGAGACGCUGCAGCCCAACGGAACACGGAGCAAAGCACUGGUUAGCAGGAAUGGCGGCAGAGUUGGCGAGUCUGGUUCAGCGGCUGGAGGUGGCGGUUGGUCGGCUGGAGGCCGUGUCGGGCCCAGGAGGCGGCGCUGGAGGUUCUGCUGGAGGAGCGGCGGCGCCGUUCGUCGAGGCGUACGAUGACAUCAUCAAAGGUCCCGUUGCCCAGUACAUCUCCCUCAGCCAGAAGAUCGGAGGAGACGUCCAGAAACACGCUGAGAUGAUGAAGGCGGCGUUCUCCAGCCAGAGGGCGCUGAUCAGCACCGCCGCUUCCUCCCAGAAGCCCUCAGACGCGGUUCUGACGACCCUCCUGCAGCCCGUCUCCAAGGCCAUCCAGCAGGUCCAGGCGUACCGGGAGCAGAACCGGACCUCUCCGCUGUUCAACCACCUGUCUGCUGUCAGCGAGAGCGUUCCCGCCCUGGGCUGGGUUGCCAUGGCUCCAAAGCCGGGUCCCUUCGUCAAGGAGAUGCAGGACGCCGCCAUGUUCUACACCAACCGAGUGCUCAAGGACUACAAGGAGAAGGAUAAGACACACGUGGACUGGGUGAAGGCCUACCUGUCCGUCUGGACCGAGCUGCAGAACUACAUCAAACAGCACCACACCACCGGCCUGACCUGGAGCAAAUCAGGUCCCGUCGCCGCAGCCUCUGCUCCUCCUGCUGGUGGAUGUCCUCCCCCUCCUCCUGGACCUCCUCCUCCCCCCGAGGACCUGAGUGGAGCUCCUGCAGUGGGAGGAGAUGGAGGCGCAAACACCAGGAACGCCCUGUUUGCCUCCAUCAACCAGGGAGCGGACAUCACUAAAGGCCUGAAGCACGUCAGCGACGACCAGAAGACCCACAAAAACCCGACUCUGAGGAGCCAGGGGGGCGCGGCGGCUCCCGUCCGCUCCGGACCCAAACCGUUCGCUUCCCCCUCCCCCCGACCCGCAGGUUCUGCCGCCCCCGGCCGCACCCUGCCUCCUGUCCUGGAGCUGGAGGGGAAGAAGUGGAAAGUGGAGAACCAGGAGGGGGCUCAGGGUCUGGUGAUCAGCAACACGGAGCUGAAGCAGGUGGUCUACGCCUACAAGUGCAACCAGAGCACCCUGCAGGUCAAAGGAAAGAUCAACUCCAUCACCAUCGACAGCUGCAAGAAGAUGGGUCUGGUGUUUGAUGACGUGGUGGGAAUCGUGGAGGUCAUCAACUGCAGGGACGUGAAGGUCCAGGUCAUGGGGAAGGUUCCCACCAUCUCCAUCAACAAGACCGACGGCUGCCAUGUUUACCUGAGUCAGGACUCCCUGAGCUGCGAGAUCAUCAGCGCCAAGAGCUCCGAGAUGAACGUCCUGGUGCCCAACAAGGACGGAGAGUUUACGGAGAUUCCUGUUCCUGAACAGUUCAAGACCAUCUGGGAUGGCCAGAAGCUCGUCACCACGGCAACAGAGAUUGCCGGAUAGACGGGACUCCUCCCCCUCCUCCUCACCACCGCCCCUCCCUGACUGAUCCACCCCACCCACCUGCUAAGCACUCUAGACUGAGAUUCAGACCUCAUGAGUUUAACCCCGCCCCAUGAUCUUUAUUAGCCAAUCACAGCUGCAGCUGACCCUUCAUUAGCCAAUGAGAGGGCUGCUCAUGUUCUGGAGCAGAUCCUCCAGCCAAUCAGCAGCUAACAGCUAAAGUGAGAGCUAGAUUAGAUUUUCAGCAGCCAAUCAGCCGCCUCUGUUAGGAAGUUUCCUCAUUUCCUGUUUCCUUUUUAUGCAACUUCCAGUUAAAGCGCUUAGAAACGAACCCGAAGCAUCAUGUCGCCUCUGCUGCCGACUUUAAUAAGGUUCUGAACAAUCGGAUCAGGAAGGCUUAGUGUUCCACGUCCUUCCCUCAUCGCUCACAGGACAUUCCCAAGUGCUAGAAACAUUCCAGGUCAGGAAGUCUGAGACGAAGCUGCACCUUCAUCACCUGGAAGUCUGUAAUCAGAUUAAGGAUUUGCUCUGAUUUUCUGUUUUCUGUCACUUCUUCUUUAUUUUUGGGUCCAAAGUGAAAUGUUCUCAUUAGAGUCAUUAAAACAUUCAAAAUCA